AUGGAUGAUAUCAUAAAUAAUAAUUUUGUAAUAUUCUUUUUAAUAUUAUCAUCAUGGGCAUUAUUAAUAGUUAGUUUUUCUUCAUAUUGGUAUAAAGAAGAAUCACAUUUCUUGACAAGUAAUAGUCAAGUGAUUAAAUACUAUCGAUUCGAUCAAAUGAGAACAGAGUAUUGGAAUUAUAGUGUAUUUGAAUCGGCAGUGAUUAUACCAAUGAGAGAUAUUCUAUCGUAUGGAUCGCAACUAUCAAUUUAUAGGGCCAGUUUGUCACUGGUCAUCUUGGGGUGGAUAGCACUUACCGCCACACUUGUACUACUCUUUUUAAACAUAUUCGAGUACAUGUCAGACUUUAGAUUUGCCGUACCUCUUAUACGAACCGUCAUUCUUCUUGCUCUUGGCUUUAGUUCAGCGUCUUGUCUCACCUUUAUCGGCAUUGGAUCAGCACUCGAAGAAGACUGCCAGGCUACCAAUAACCUAGAGUAUGCUCGAUGCUCACACGAUGACAGAGGUGUAUUCCUUCAACACUAUGUAUUUGAUGACACUAGAUACCACUUUGAAGAGGAUGUAGAGAGAGCACAUGGUCCAGCCUAUGCCUGGUACACUGCUGUAGCAUCUUCAAGUUGUCUUUUAGUUGCUUCAAUCUUAUCAUUUGCUUUACCAGCUCUUGCAAUUGAAUAA